GGUGUACCUAGAAAAUCCUUGUUGAAACAGACAUCUGGUGAAUGAAAUAAUACAUUUUGCUUUUAGAGUUGGUGUUGUGAAUCUCCAUUCUGUGAAAGGCAACAAUGAAUCAAACGGACAACAAUCAACAGGAAGUUCCCUCAUACCUAUAUAAUGAACCACCAGAAGGUUCAUUGAAAGAUCAUCCACAGCAGCAGCCUGGCAUGCUUUCUCGUGUGACUGGUGGCAUCUUCAGUGUAACAAAGGGAGCUGUCGGUGCCACAAUUGGUGGUGUAGCCUGGAUUGGAGGAAAAAGCUUGGAAAUUACCAAAACAGCAGUUACGGCAGUGCCUUCCAUGGGAGUGGGGCUGGUUAAAGGAAGCGUGUCUGCUGUAGCUGGAGGUGUUACAGCUGUAGGAUCUGCUGUUGCAAGUAAAGUGCCUUUAACGGGGAAGAAAAAAGAUAAGUCUGACUAAACAAAAGACUGAGAUGCAUUUGAUCUCCAUAAUGCUACAUCAGUGGCAUUGAAACCUGCAAAGAUUUGGACUACAACAAAGCCAUGUCUUACACACUUACCUUCUAAAGAGCUGUGUGAAAAACUUGCUUUUUCUCUGAAAGACACAGAAGUUUGACUGCACAAUGUGGAAAGGUUCAUUAAAACCUAGAUUCAAACUUUAUAUCUGGUGAGAUGUUACAUCUGAUAAAUAUAGAAGCAAGUCUGUGUAUCUGAAGGGAUUAUAAUAUACAUGUUUGAAUAUUCACUUACUGUAAAUUGUUUUUGCAGUUUUGGAGUACAAUGUGAAAGUAAUAAUGUAGUUGACAACCUUUGCAGAACCACAAGUAUAAUGAUGUCAGCUACCAUUCUUGGGCGUUUCUACUCCUCUCAAUAAGGAAUCCCUGAACUGUAUACAGGCACAUCGGAUGCGCCUAAUAGUUUAACUUACCUUUAGUUUUUUUAAACUGUCUUUUUAUGAGGCCCAUACACUAACAGUGGAUCCAUUCUGCCAUUGAGGGCUUGCAAGAAACUGACAUGUGGAGGCAGAAGAAAGUAAGAUUAUAAUGACUUCUGAGAAAAUGGAUCCUCACGAUUCUAUAUGCAGUAUGUUGAUUAAGUCUAUUCAUGCCUUAUGGUGGAAAAUCUAUUUUUACGUAGUAAAGCUGUGUAAAGAACUUUAUAAUGUCCAUCAUUUCAAUUAAGUUUGUAGAAGAAGGUUUAGACUUUUAUAAGUGCCGGUAUCUGAAACUUAGCCAUCUUUAUUAAAGACGAUAAAUCUCUUGUUAAAUCUCCGGUGUACUUAAAGGUAUCACUGAAUUACCUGCAAAUGAAGACCUGGGGCUUCCAAUGGAUGGCUUAUCAUAGCUAUAAAAACAGUGAAAAAGGUGGUAGGUUAAUUGAAAUAAAGCCAAAGAUAAUAGCUUAGAAUAAAUUGUUUUUGCUUUAGAGCUGGAGACCCCUGAAGAACGAUUCUAAAUAAAGCAAAGCAGCUGUCUGACUGCAUGACAUGCCAGUUUAGCUGCAUGCCUUAACCAGGGUUAAGCAUUUAACUGAAAUAUGAAGAAUUUUUCACUACAUGUUGUAUCUCACAAGUCCAUUUCACUUAAAAUGUCCCACUGUGUUCAUUCAGGGAGAAAAAAAGAAAUGAGAGCUGUCAUCUUAACAAAUUGCAUAGGGACAGAUCCCAAGCUUUGAUGCACCACAAAAGAUGAUCAUUCCCGUCAGUCCCCUGCAGCGUGGACAGGCAGGAAGCACAUGCUUGAUACGGGCUCUAAAUUGGAAGUCGCUCAAGCUUUCAUAAAUUCUGACUUGCAGAUAAAUAACUUUUUGGAAUCCUGUGAAAGAUGGCUGAAGUUUCAUGUGAAUAUUCUAUAUGCAGUAUUUCCUAUGAAUUUGUGUCCUUCCUGAGGAGAAUUUCUAAGGAUGUAAGCUCACUUUUUAAGUGGUUAUGGAAAAUGAUGUUUCCUUUUUCUAGAAAUUAAAAGGAUCAAAAGG